AUGGGCUCCAUCAGCGCCAUGGAUUUCACCCAACACGACCACGAAGUCCACUUGCUGCCAGGGUUGGAUCUCCCAGAACGCGUGGAUCAAAAGCCGAAUUGUCCUUGUCGUCGCAGCAGCAUGACGGGAACGCAAAAUGAAGCCCCCCACGAGAACCUCCCGUUCUGUGUUGUCUCGAAAAUGCCCUCGACAAAGGCGCCCUCGCUUCCCCGAAGGAGUUUGAGUAUCCCAUCACUUGAGGGCUUGGUUGGCGAUGAACCAUAUGCGAUGAAGAAAGCGUGCCCAACCACGGAAACAAAGGACCUCAAGUGUGGACCUUGCCCAUUUCCCAGCAUCAUCAAAGUCGUUGGAGUUGGACGCAUCGCGACAGAAGUUGACGGGUGGCAGGACAAUCACGAGACGGUUUAUCAGCAUAGUACGGCUCUCAAGCGACGCUCAGCCCCAACGCUCCCCACCAGACAGCUCAGCAAUUCUUCAUUGCUUUCAGGCAGCGAUUCGUUGGCAAACUCGAGUUGCUCUGGAUGUGCAGCAGAGCCUAUCCAAAAAGAAGAGAGACACGUCGUUGCUAAGAAGGUGCAGGAUGUGCCCCCAGCUUUGCCCUUGAGGCGAGGUUGCUACAAGAGACACCCUUGCAGAGAUUAUGCUUUCGCCGCCUAG